AUGCUCAACGUCACCUUGGUGACAGGAUUUCUUCUCUUGGGGUUUUCUGAGGACCCCGCAUGGCAGACACUCUGUGGUCUGCUCUUCCUGCUGCUGUACCUGGUGGCUCUGAUGAGCAACCUUCUCGUUGUCACCAUUCUUACCCUGGACCCACAACUCCAAGCACCCAUGUACUUCUUCCUGAAGAACCUGUCCUUACUGGAUGUCUCCCUGGUGUCCGUCCCAAUCCCGAAGUUCAUUUUCAACAGUCUGAUUCAUGACAAUUCCAUUUCCAUUCCAGGCUGUGCCUUCCAGCUUCUUCUAAUGACUUCCUUCUCGGCAGGUGAGAUAUUCAUGCUCACAGCCAUGUCCUAUGACCGCUAUGUGGCCAUCUGCUGUCCCCUGCACUAUGAAGCCAUUAUGAAUGGCGACACCUGUGUGUUGAUGGCAGGUGUUUCCUGGGCCAUGGGGGUGCUCUUUGGAGCUGUGUACAGUGCUGGCACAUUUUCUGGGCACUUCUGUGGCUCCCAUGUGAUCCCAGAGUUUUUCUGCAAUGUCCCCUCCUUACUUGAAGUUUCCUGCUCCGACACGCUCCUGGUGGUCUACCUCAGCAUGGCCAUCGGGGUGUGUCUGAGCCUGUCGUGUUUUUUCUGCAUUGUGCUCUCCUACGUUCACAUUCUCUCCACUGUGCUGAGGAUUCCAUCCCUGAAAAGUCAGUCGAAGGCGUUUACCACAUGCCUCCCGCAUCUUGUGGUCUUCACAGUCUUUGUCCUGAGUGCAUUCACUGUUUACCUGAGGCCUCCUUCGGAGGCACCCUCGGUGGUCAGCCGGCUGCUUUCUGUGAUCUACACCGUGCUACCUCCAAUCCUGAAUCCUGUCGUCUACACCUUGAGGAAUAGUGACAUGAAGCGGAGUCUGAGGAGGCUGCUGCCAGCCCUGCCUGCUCCCUGGGUGUCCCUCACCUAA